UCUGAAAAUUAAUGCAAACUCGCGGGAAUCCGCAAAAAAGGUUAAGCGGGAAAAUUUUAAUAAUAGUUGCACUGUUGUGUUGCUUUGUUUGAGCAAAAUUGUGUACUCUGUGAUUAUUCUUUAAGACCUUUGAAAAAAUCAUGCCCCAUCAUACCGAACCUAUGUAUGUCAUUAAAAGAGAUGGAAGAAGAGAAAAUGUCAUGUUCGAUAAAAUUACUUCACGAAUUGUAAAACUUUGCUAUGGGUUGAAUAUGGAAUAUAUUGAUCCUACUGCUGUUACAAUGAAAGUCAUUAAUGGAAUUUUUCGGGGAGUAAAAACGGUUGAAUUGGAUAAUUUGGCUGCUGAAACUGCUGCAACCAUGACUACAAAACAUCCUGAUUAUGCUAUCUUAGCUGCUCGCAUAGCUAUAUCAAAUCUGCAUAAGGAAACUAAAAAGACAUUUAGUCAUGUUGUCGAAGAUUUAUAUAACAUGAAAAAUGAAAGAACUGGGAAGAUAACUCCAAUGAUUUCGAAAAAUGUUUAUAAAGUCAUUAUGGAUAAUGCUGAUAAAUUGAACUCUGCAAUAAUUUAUGACAGAGAUUUCAAUUACAACUAUUUUGGAUUCAAGACAUUGGAACGUUCUUAUUUGCUGAAAAUAAAUGGGAAAGUUGUUGAAAGGCCCCAGCAUAUGUUAAUGAGAGUGUCUGUUGGCAUUCAUAGUGAUGAUAUUGAUGCUGCUAUUGAAACUUACCACUUAAUGUCUGAUAAGUGGUUUACCCAUGCAUCUCCCACAUUAUUCAAUUCAGGAACCCCUAAGCCUCAACUUUCAAGUUGCUUCCUGCUCUCAAUGACAGAAGAUAGUAUUGAUGGUAUUUAUGAUACUUUAAAACGAUGUGCGCUAAUCUCCAAAUCUGCUGGCGGAAUUGGAUUAAAUGUGCAUUGUAUCAGAGCAACUGGAAGUUAUAUUGCCGGUACAAAUGGCACUUCAAAUGGUCUAGUUCCUAUGUUGAGGGUGUUCAACAACACAGCUCGCUAUGUUGAUCAAGGUGGAAACAAGCGUCCUGGGGCAUUUGCUAUUUAUUUGGAACCAUGGCAUGCAGACAUCUUUGAAUUUCUAGACCUGAAAAAGAAUACAGGAAAGGAAGAACAGCGAGCUCGUGAUCUUUUUUAUGCUCUAUGGAUCCCUGAUUUAUUUAUGAAGCGUGUAGAAAAUGAUGAAAUGUGGAGUCUAAUGUGUCCAGACGAAUCACCUGGUCUUUAUACUUGUUGGGGAGAAGAAUUUGAACAAUUAUAUGAAAAGUAUGAAAAAGAAGGUAGAUACAGAAGUCAAGUUAAAGCACAGCAACUUUGGUAUGCCAUUAUUGAAUCCCAGAUUGAAACUGGAACACCUUAUAUGUUGUACAAAGAUGCUUGUAAUAGGAAAUCAAAUCAAAAGAACUUGGGAACAAUUCAGUGCAGUAAUUUAUGCACUGAAAUUGUUGAAUACACUUCUGAAGAUGAGGUGGCAGUUUGUAAUUUAGCUUCAAUUGCUUUGAACAGAUAUGUAAAGGAUCAAGAAUUUGACUUUGAAAAACUGAGAGAAGUUACACAAGUGAUAACAAGAAAUUUGAACAAAAUAAUCGACAUUAACUAUUAUCCUGUUCCUCAGGCUGAAAAAUCCAAUAAAAGACACAGACCUAUUGGAAUUGGAGUUCAAGGCUUAGCAGAUGCAUUUAUCUUAAUGAGAUAUCCAUUUGACAGUCCAGAAGCACAAAAGUUGAAUAUUGAGAUUUUUGAGACUAUCUACUAUGCCGCUCUUGAAGCUAGCUGUGAAUUAGCAGAAAAAUAUGGCCCUUAUGAAACAUAUGAAGGCAGCCCUGCUUCACAAGGGAUACUUCAGUAUGACAUGUGGAAUGUAACUCCAACUGAUAAAUGGGAUUGGGCAGCUUUAAAGGAAAAAAUAGCUAAGCAUGGUUUGAGAAACAGUUUACUGCUUGCUCCUAUGCCAACCGCUUCAACAGCACAAAUUUUAGGAAAUAAUGAAUCUAUUGAGCCUUAUACUAGUAACAUAUAUUCCAGAAGAGUAUUAUCUGGUGAAUUCCAGGUUGUGAAUCAUCAUUUGUUAAAGGAUUUGACUGAUCUUGAUCUUUGGGAUGACAAUUUAAAGAAUAAAUUGAUUGCAAGUAAUGGUUCUAUACAGAAUAUUGAUGGCAUACCUGAUAAUCUUAAGAAGUUAUAUCGAACAGUGUGGGAAAUCUCUCAAAAAAGCAUCUUAAAAAUGGCAGCUGAUAGAGGUGCAUAUAUUGAUCAAAGUCAGUCUUUAAAUGUUCACAUAGCUGAACCCAACUAUGGAAAGAUUACCAGCAUGCAUUUCUAUGGAUGGCAUUUGGGUUUGAAAACUGGUAUGUAUUAUCUCCGUACCAAACCUGCUGUUAAUGCCAUUCAGUUUACUGUUGACAAAAAAGCAUUGAGAGAAAAUGGUGUCAAAGCAAAUGGCGAUUCUAAAGAAAAACAUAUAGCUGACAUGGUUUGUUCCUUGCAAAACAAAGAAGCUUGCAUCAGUUGCAGUGGAUAAAAUUAUGUAAAUCGAUUGUAUAGUAACUAUGGCAUUUAUUUAAAAAAAAAAAAAAUUGAAAUCAAUUUUUCCGAGUAAUAUAGAAAUUACUAGUGCUAAUGAAUUUUAUAAGUUUUAAAGACUUUUUUUUUUUUUUUUUUUCUAAUCAGGAUAAAUUUUGUCUCCCUUUUUGUUGUUGUUGAAACACGUGAUCAUUUUACAUUUUCCUAUUUAGAUGUGUUGUCUAAGUUCAUUUUAUUUUGUGCAUUUUUAAUUUAAAAUUGGCAUUUGUGUUUGUCAUACAUCAAUACUUUUGAUAUAGUUCAAUUU